CUGGGUAUGAAAUAUAAAUAGGGCAGAAGGUGUAAAAUUUUGCUUUUACGAUUCGGAGUGUUCCUCUGGUCGAAGACCGCCAUUAUCGAGCGAGCCGAUUCUCAACGUGAAUCUCCGGCGCUUUCAUCACCCGUUUUGAGUCUACGUAUCAGGAGAUUAUAUCAUUGUGUCCGGAGGCUUGAAGCAGAUAAAUCGUCCACUACUUCGUGACAUACCAUUUUCUUCAAGGGGCUUCUUUUUGUUGUAAAAAUGUCUGUAACAGCUGGUGUAAGUGACACAAUUAUCGCAAUUAGGGAAAAGCUCAGGGGUAAAAUUGGCCAAACAAAAGUGAAAAGAUAUUGGCCUGGUAAAGCUCCUGAGUGGGCAGAUGAAGCGGAAAAAGAUGAGGAUCUUAGGAUGACCAGGGAAGCAGCGCUUGAGAAAGCUUUUCCUAGCCAAGGCGGUUCUGACAUUGCAAGAAAGGAUGAUGCAAGGCUGCGUCGACUGGCAGAGAGUAGAGUUGAUAAUCGUGAGGAAAUCAGAGCGGAUCAUCGACGCAUCCGGCAAGCAGAGAUUGUUUCAACCAUAGAAGAGGAAAAUAGAAGACUGGAAAGAAUGGAAUUUGAGGAGGACGAUGAAGAUGCAUUGGACGAAAGGAGGAGGAGAAUCAAGGAAAAGAAUCUUCAGAGGCAACAGGAAGAAGCUCUGCCAGAGGAAGAAGAAGAGGAGGCAGAGGAAGAGGAGGAAGAAGAGUCAGAAUAUGAGACAGAAUCAGAAGAAGAAACAACAGGGAUAGCAAUGGUGAAACCAGUUUUUGUUCCAAAAUCUGAGAGAGACACCAUAGAUGAGCGUGAGAAGCGUGAGGCUGAGGAACGAGCUCUCGAGGAGUUAGUGAAGAAGAGGUUAGAGGAGAGAAAAGUUGAAACAAAGCAAAUAGUUGUUGAGAAGAUACGUGAGGAAGAAAUUAUUCAGAAAAAUUUGGAGCUGGAAGCUAAUAUUGCUGAUGUAGAUACUGAUGAUGAGGUGAAUGAGGCUGAAGAAUACGAAGCUUGGAAGUCCAGAGAAAUUGCUAGGAUCAAGAGGGAGAGGGACGACAGGGAGGCUAGUCGGAAGGAGAGGGAAGAAAUAGAGAGGGUAAGAAACAUGACAGAAGAAGAGAGGAAGGAGUGGGAGAGGAGAAACCCGAAACCUGCCCCACCACCCAAGCAGAAGUGGAAGUUUAUGCAGAAAUACUUCCAUAAGGGUGCUUUCUUCCAGUCAGAUCCUGAUGACACCGCUGGAACUUCUGGUGCUGAUAAUAUAUACCAUCGUGAUUUCUCUGCACCAACGGGGGAGGAUAAGUUGGAUAAGUCCAUACUACCAAAAGUCAUGCAGGUUAAACACUUUGGUCGUAGUGGAAGGACAAAAUGGACACAUCUUGUCAAUGAGGAUACAACUGAUUGGAACAACCCGUGGACAUACAAUGACACUCUUCGAGCCAAGUACAAUGCGAAAAUGGCUGCUGUUAAUGCUCCUAUUGCGAAGCCUAAGGGUAAGAAAUUGAAGGAUUGGGAGACUCGGUGAAGCCGUAUUAUAGUCUUGUUCUCGCUUGUGCUCAUGAUUUUGCUCUCAGAUCCUUCUAAGCAUGGUCACUGUCUUUCUAUUUUGCUUGUUACAUUAAAAUGUCAUCUGUAGCUCUUGGGCGAAGUUAUAUGAAUUGCAGAGGGUAGCUAUGGGUAUGGUUAUACAUUAGCAGAAUUCUCUAAUUAUCCUUAUUGAAAAAUUCAUGCAUUAGGGCCUAUAUUGUGUUCCGUUUUUUAAUUAUUGAGACCUGCUGUUUAAAAAGCAUGAGCUAAACUUGAUCUCUGUAUGUGCAUUAUGUUCAACAAAAAGCAUGAGUAGUUUCUUGAACCA